GUAUAGAGAUUAUGUACAGAGCUUUUGAGUUCCAUGGAUCAGAGCCGAAGAGUGAAGAUAAGCGAAUCGUAUUAUUGCUUUGGGAUCUUGCAAGAUUUAGAUCGAGCUGGGGAAAAGGGCUGAAUCUGAGACAGAGCAAUGAAAAUGGACUUAAAUACCAUUAUAGAGAAGAUGAAAACUGGCGAACAAGAUGCCGCAUUGAUGGCAUUGCAGGCGUAUAAUAAGGAGAAAAGCCAGUGCUUCAUGUUUAACACUAACGAACAAGAAGAGAGAGAGGAUGGCCAGUUGCAAGAGCGGCUGGGGGAGCUGGUCCUGGGCUUCCUGGGGAGGGACCUGCAGCCGUCCUGCCAGCUGGCCUGCCUGGAGACCAUCCGCAUCCUGUCGCGGGAUAAGAACAGUCUGGGGCCUUUCGUCACGAGAGGCGCGAUCCAGACGCUGAGUCGGCACGCGGGGUUGGCGCACAGCGAGGGCGCCACGCUCGAGAUCCCCGACCUGGACGUGAUCGUGGAGGCCCUCAAGUGCCUGUGUAACGUGGUCUUCAACAGCGAGGCGGCGCAGGAGGCUGGAGCCCGGCUGGGCCUGAUGGGCAGCCUGGCCGAGCGGCUGAAGCAGUGUCGCGGGCGGGAGUGGAGCCACGAGGUACGCUUCUUCGACCUCCGGCUGACCUUCCUGCUGACGGCUCUCCGUGUGGAUGCCCGCGUUCAGCUGGCCCGUGAGCUGCGGGGGGUCAGCCUCCUGGCGCAUGCCCUGGAUGCCACGCUGGGCCUGCGCUGGGUGGAUACCUUCGAGGUGGCACGGGUCGAUGCGGAGGAAGGGACCCCGCCCCCGUUGCUCGGCCGAGAGGAGACAGAGCGGACGAUGGAGAUCCUCAAGAUUCUCUUCAACAUCACCUACGACACCAACCGCCGCAAGGUAGACGAGGAGGAAGCGGCCACGUACAGGCACCUUGGAGCCAUCCUCAGACACUGCCUGAUGAGCUCGGCUGACGGGGAGGACCGCACCGAGGAUUUACAUAGCCACACGGUGAAUCUGCUGGGGAACCUGCCACUACCUUGUUUGGAUGUGCUACUCAUUCCCAAGGUGCAGCAGGGUUCCAUCGAGUACAUGGGCGUCAACAUGGAUACCGUCAACAUGCUACUGGAGUUCAUGGAGAAGAGGCUGGAUCGGGGAAAAAAGGUGAAAGAGACCCUUCUACCUUCCUUGAAUCUCCUGACAGAGAGUGCCCGCAUCCACAGAGAGACCAGGAAGUUCCUGAGGAUGAAGGUGCUGCCCCCACUGCGCGACGUCAAGAACCGGCCCGAGGUGGGCAGCGCCCCGCGUAACAAGCUGGUGCGUCUGAUGACCUACAUUGACACCGACGUCAAGCACUGUGCCGCCGAGUUCCUCUUCGUACUCUGCAAGGAGAGCGUAUCUCGGUUCAUCAAGUACACGGGCUACGGCAAUGCAGCUGGACUGCUGGCAGCUCGGGGCUUGAUGCGAGGCGGAAGUAACCCCACCCAUUACUCUGAGGAUGACGACAGUGACACGGAGGAGUACAGGGAGGCCAAACCCCACAUAAACCCUGUGACCGGGCGCGUGGAGGACGAGCAGCCGAACCCUAUGGAGGGCAUGACGGAGGAGCAGAAGGAGCUGGAGGCCAUGAAGCUAGUGAAGAUGUUUGACAAGCUGUCCAGAGGUCAUGUGAUCCAGCCCAUGAAACUGACAGCUGAUGGACAAAUGACUGCCCUGGAAGCCGCCGACUUAGAGAUGCUGAAGCCCCAACAACCAAGGCCACACAACUCCGUCAGUGAUGAGGACAGCAAUUAGGAAGUGGGGAGGGACUCGGGGUUUUUUCCUCAAAUAGAUCAGAUGCUGUAUUAGGUAGAGCUAUGUAAAAAAAAAAAAAAAAGAUUUACACUGUUGUGCUUAUGUCACCAGCCUGGAGACUGGGUUCUGAACUCUUGCACAGCGUGAAUAUGACUAUCGGACAAAAAGAUACUAGAUAAUCUCUUUUUCGCUGUGCAAAAACUGUUUGUUUCCAAGAAAUCACCUCAUUUUCAGAACAGACAGAGAAAUGACACGGUAAAAAGUGUAACACCUCUGACCCUCCCCCUUUCCCCUCUUACUGUGGUCCCAUUGGCUAAGCAUGCCCAGUGCUGUGCUCCCAUUGGCUAUCCACAAGCAGCACUUUAGAACAGCACUGGUAAUUCAACGUCCAACUUCUUUUUCUCUUAUUUUGCAUAGUUCGUAAAUGAUCAGGUUUUACUGAGUUUAAUCUUCAGUUCAGAUACAUGAAUAAAUUAAUGAAGCAGGUGACACACAAUCCACAAUUUAGCCCUUUUAAAAUGAGUUAUCGAUUUACUGUUUGUUUCUUGAAAUAUCACAGAACAAAAACGUUUAAUAUUUUUAGUGAAGUGUUGAACUUAAGUCAUCUCAGAAGAAUUUCAUUUUAUCAAAAUGUUUUUGGGAGCUGUAUUAUUUAGAAUAAUUCAGGAAUUAGGCAAAAACUAAAGGCAGAAAGAUGAGGAAAAUAUAGUAAAAGACAAAAUAUCUGUAUUUAUGUUUAAUUGAAACUUUUGAAAAAAGUUUCAGAAUUGUCACCUCACAUUCCUAUUUUCUCCUGAUCUAAUAAAAGAUUAAAGCAGCAGUUUAAACAUUUA